UCACAUUCACAAGCUGUUUGACAACUGUGCAGAUCAGCUGUUCCAGCUCUGACUCUUCUUCAAUCAUCUACUUUUAAAAGAUAAAGAUGGAACAACAGGAAUGGAUCCGCAUCUUUCAGAUGGAAAUUGAAACACUUAACCGAAAAGAACACACUUGGCAUUUGGAGUUUGAUGAAAAUAUUGACCCUGAUAAUCCAAACAUGGGCUGGAAGAAGUACUUCAAGAAAACAAGUGCAAGAUUCAGCUGUACCUCAUGCAGGAGAAGUUGGCCUUCAAACCGGGUCAUGGUGGUUUUCCACAUGCGCCUUAUGAAUGGGCGGGGCACCGUCAAGGUGAGGCCUUUGCGCCAAAACUGCAAGACAUGUUCCAAUGCACAGAUGGUGAAACCAAGUGUGGAGUCCGACAACAUUCAAGUCCUCAUGGAGACCCUGAUGGAGAAAAUAAGAAUUAAGUGCUACCAAGAAGAUCUUGGAGAACAUAACAGGAGGCCCAGAAUCCUUGAUGUGCAGAGUCCCCAUGAGCCUGAUCAUUGUGAGGGAUGCAAGCUAGGAAUUUGUACAAAACAAUAACCUAAACACAAUCUCUCUCUUUCUCUCUCUCUCUUUUGCUUUCCCUCAAAUUCAAAUGAAAUAUGUUUCUUAAUAUAUUAAUAUAUGUAAAUAUUACUAUAUACAAUAUAUUAAACACAUUUUUGUAAAGGCAUGUGUCAGUGACUUGUCACUGUGGUAAACUGAAGAAUAAAUAAACAUAAGAAUUUUUUUUUUUGCCUAGAUGAACAUUAAAACAAAAUUUUAAACAUUUGAUUUCUAUAUAUUGUUGUAAAAAAGAAACAAUUUCAGAAAACAUGUAAUGCAUUGUGUACACAAAUACGUAAAUUUGUCUGGAUUAUUGUUAAUGUGGUGAAACAUGCAAAUAAAAAGAUGCUGAUUUCAAA